CGAACUGAAACAGAAACUAUUUGAUUGUGUUGUGUGAUUACACAGGAAGAAGCCAUGGUUAGCAGAAUCGAACACCCAGCGGGCAGCUACAAAAAGAUCUUUGAGACUUGUGAAGAGUUGUCUGAGCCUAUUCCAGCGGUCAUCACAGGUGUAAUUCCUUCCUUCCUAAGAGGGAGUCUUCUGCGCUUGGGACCUGGACUCUUUGAGGUUGGAGAUGAGCCUUUCUAUCACCUGUUUGACGGCCAGGCACUCAUGCACAAAUUUGACUUCAAGAAUGGACAGGUCACCUACUUCAGAAAGUUUAUCAAAACGGAUGCUUAUGUACGAGCCAUCACAGAGAAGCGUGUGGUCAUCACUGAGUUUGGUACCUUUGCCUAUCCCGAUCCCUGUAAAAACAUCUUCUCCAGGUUUUUCUCUUACUUCAAGGGUGUUGAGGUGACAGAUAACUGCCUGGUGAACGUUUACCCGAUCGGCGAGGACUACUACGCUGUGACUGAAACCAACUUCAUCACCAAAGUCGACACGGACACUCUGGAGACGACCAAGAAGGUUGAUUUGUGCAACUAUGUCAACGUCAACGGCCUGACCGCCCACCCCCACAUUGAGAGAGAUGGCACCGUGUACAACAUUGGAAACUGCAUGGGGAAAGGAGCCACUCUGGCCUACAACAUCGUCAGGAUGCCCCCGACACAGAAAGAUAAAUCGGAUCCCAUUGCGAAGUCCAAAGUAGUGGUUCAGUUCCCCAGCGCUGAGCGCUUCAAGCCUUCCUAUGUGCACAGCUUCGGCAUGUCCGAGAACUACUUUGUCUUCGUGGAGACCCCCGUGAAGAUCAACCUGCUGAAGUUCCUGAGUGCCUGGAGCAUCCGGGGGUCCAACUAUAUGGACUGCUUCGAGUCCAACGAGACCCUUGGGACCUGGUUCCACCUGGCCACUAAAGACCCCGGGGAGUACAUCGACCACAAGUUCAGGGCGGCCGCCAUCGGCCUCUUCCACCACAUCAACACCUACGAGGACGACGGCUUUGUCGUGGUGGACGUGUGCGCGUGGAAAGGGUUUGAGUUUGUGUACAACUACCUCUGGCUGGCCAACCUGCGAGCCAACUGGGACGAGGUGAAGAAGGCGGCCAUGAUGGCGCCGCAGCCCGAAGUGCGCCGAUACGUCAUCCCCUUGGACAUCCACAAGGAGGAGCAGGGGAAGAACCUGGUCAGCCUGCCCUACACCACGGCCACCGCCGUCAUGCACUCCGACGGGACCAUCUGGUUGGAGCCCGAGGUGCUGUUCUCGGGGCCCCGCCAAGCCUUCGAGUUCCCCCAGAUCAACUACGAGAAGUACGCUGGAAAGAACUACACAUAUGCCUACGGCCUGGGUCUCAACCACUUCAUCCCUGACAGGAUCGUGAAGCUCAACGUGAAGACCAAGGAGACCUGGGUGUGGCAGGAGCCCGACUCCUACCCCUCAGAGCCCCUCUUCGUCCAGACCCCCGAUGGCAUCGAUGAGGACGACGGGGUGCUCCUGACCAUCGUGGUGGCCCCGGGCGCCCAGAGGCCCGGAUACAUGCUCGUCCUGAACGCCAGGGACCUGUCGGAGAUCGCCAGGGCCGAGGUGGAUUGCACCAUGCCCGUCACGUUCCACGGGAUGUACAAACCCUAACUUGCCGAAAAAAAAAAGAAAUGACACCCAUCACU